AUGGCCGCAGGAAGCAGACGGGGUGGCCCCAGAGGAGGGAUGGGCCCCCGGCGACCUCCCGUGGACAGGCGGGUGCUCCUGCUCUACAGCUGUGUCCUGGCGGCAGCGUUAGGCCAAAUGAAUUUCACAGGAGAUCAAGUCCUUCGAGUCCUGGCCCGAGAUGAGGGGCAGCUUUCCCUCCUCAGGAGCCUGGAGCACUUGAAGCCGCAGAAGGUGGACUUCUGGCGAGGGCCCGCCAGGCCCAGCCUCCCUGUGGACAUGAGAGUGCCUUUCUCUGCCCUGAAUGACGUUAAGGAGUACCUGGACUCUCACGGCCUUGCCUACAGCGUCAUGAUCAAGGACAUCCAGGUGCUGUUGGAUGCGGAGAGAGAAGCGAUGGCGAAGUCCCGCCGGCUGGAGCGCAGCACCAGUAGCUUCCGUUACUCCUCUUACCACACACUGGAGGAGAUAUACAGCUGGAUCGAUAGCUUUGUAACAGAGCAUUCAGAUAUUGUCUCCAAAGUCCAGAUUGGCUACAGCUUUGAAAACCGGUCCAUCCUUGUCCUGAAGGUAAAGGCAUGGUCCCCAUCUGUGCAGAUGUCCUGGGGUACCUCCCAGGUGGCAGCAGGGCCCGCCCCUCCUUUCGUGCAGAUUGUCAGUAUAUAUGGCAAGGACAAAACCCUGACGGCCAUCCUGGACGCCAUGGACAUCUUCAUGGAGAUUGUGACCAACCCCGAUGGGUUUGCAUUUACACACAGCAUGAACCGCCUGUGGCGGAAGAACAAGUCCUUCAGACCUGGCGUCUUCUGCAUCGGCGUCGAUCUCAACAGGAACUGGAAGACAGGGUUUGGAGGAAGUGGUUCUAGCAAAAACCCCUGCUCAGAGACUUACCGGGGACCCUUUGCUCAGUCAGAGCCAGAGGUGGCUGCCAUUGUGAAGUUCAUCACGGCCCACGGCAAGAUCAAGGUCCUGAUCUCCAUCCACAGCUACUCUCAGAUGCUCAUGUACCCUUACGGCUACACACUGGAGGCGGUGUCCAACCAGGAGGAGUUGUUCCUUCUGGCCAAGGACGCCGUGAAGGCCCUGUACGAGGUCCAUGGGGUCGAGUACAUCUACGGCAGCAUCAGCACCACCCUCUAUGUGGCCAGCGGCAUCACGGUAGACUGGGCCUACGACAGUGGCAUCAAAUACGCCUUCAGCUUUGAACUCCGGGACACUGGGCACUACGGCUUCCUGCUGCCGGCCUCUCAGAUUGUCCCCACUGCCCAGGAGACAUGGAUGGCUGUGCUUACCAUCAUGGCGCAUGCCCUGGAGCACCCCUACUAG